AUGACCGUGGUAGCAGGAGAUAACAUGGACGACACCUCGGCUGUCCCGGGACACCCUCAGGACACCUACCCUCCGGACCACAAUGACCACGAAUGCUGCGAGAGGGUGGUCAUCAACAUCGCCGGGCUCCGGUUCGAGACACAGUUGAAAACUCUCUCCCAGUUUCCAGAGACAUUGCUCGGCAACCCCAAAAAGCGGAUGCGGUACUUUGACCCUCUCAGAAACGAGUACUUCUUCGACAGAAACCGCCCCAGCUUCGAUGCCAUACUCUAUUACUACCAGUCAGGGGGCCGGCUGAGGAGACCAGUGAACGUCCCUUUGGAAAUGUUCUCAGAAGAAAUCAAAUUUUAUGAGCUGGGGGUGGAUGCCAUGGAGAAGUUUCGUGAGGACGAGGGUUUCAUCAGGGAGGAGGAGCGUCCUUUACCUGACAAGGAGUUCCAGCGUCAGAUCUGGCUCCUCUUUGAGCACCCGGAGAGUUCAGGCACUGCGAGAGGGAUCGCCAUUGUGUCUGUGAUGGUAAUCCUGAUUUCAAUAGUCAUAUUUUGUUUAGAGACUUUACCACAGCUGAAAGAGGACCCAAGGGGUCGAAUGAUCCCAGUUGGAAACACUACUGUUUAUUAUAAGCCAAAUAUCCUCACUGACCCCUUCUUCGUCGUUGAGACACUCUGUAUAAUCUGGUUCUCCUUUGAGCUGAUUGUACGCUUUCUGGCGUGCCCGAGUAAACCGGCCUUCUUCAAGAACAUGAUGAACAUGAUUGAUAUAGUGGCUAUCAUCCCUUACUUCAUCACACUCGGGACAGAGCUGGCCGAAGACCCAGAGAAAGAAGGAGUGGGGGAGCAAGCAACAUCUCUGGCCAUACUCAGGGUGAUCCGUCUGGUCAGAGUGUUUAGGAUCUUCAAGCUGUCUCGACACUCCAAAGGACUGCAGAUUUUGGGGCAGACCCUCAAGGCUAGCAUGCGAGAGCUGGGAUUGCUGAUCUUCUUUCUGUUCAUUGGAGUCAUCUUGUUCUCCAGCGCUGUCUACUUUGCGGAGGCAGAGGAGGAUGGAUCCCACUUUGGCAGCAUCCCGGACGCCUUUUGGUGGGCUGUUGUGUCUAUGACAACUGUGGGCUAUGGGGACAUGGUGCCGGUCACUAUAGGAGGCAAGAUUGUAGGAUCUCUGUGUGCCAUCGCCGGAGUGUUGACAAUUGCGCUCCCAGUGCCUGUCAUUGUGUCCAACUUCAACUACUUCUACCACAGGGAGACCGAGGGAGAAGAGCAGGCCCAGCUGCUCAACGUCAGCAAUCCCAACAUCCCCUCUGAAACCAACUCCAGCCGCCGUAGUUCAUCCACCGUCAGCAAGUCAGAGUACAUGGAGAUUGAUGGAGACAUAAACAAUAGCAUCGAUAACUUUAGGGAGGCAAACCUCAGAACUGGCAAUUGCACUAUAGCCAACCAAAACUGUGUAAAUAAAAGCAAGCUACUUACAGAUGUUUAGAAACUAGUUAGGAACUUUGGGAUCACUAUGGGACUGUCAUAUGUGGAGUAGACCAUCAGUUAGGAAUGCUUCAUUUACCUCCUCAAAGCGCUCUAUGGCAUUAGGCCUACAACUAUGCUAAGCUAUAUAGAAAGGAAAGAAAAAUCAAAGCUCUUAGAGUGAAUGACAGGUAGAUAGAAUAAUUAAUUCUUCUGAUCCUACAAAUAUAUAGGUACAUCAAAAAGAAAACAUCGACUAUUACGCAUAUACACGGCUCCCCUGGAGGACACAGAGCACACACCGUCUCAUCCAAUGACGGCGUGAUAACUAAAAUCUUAUGCAUGGAGUACAGAAAACAUUUCAGCAAGUUGCACAAUGCACCAGAAAAGUCUGCAGAGACAUGCAAGCACCUGCAGCCAAGUGGUAAGCGCCAAGAAGUUAGGUGACCCCUGCUCCCUCCUCCUUCCUCCCUCCUCUCUCCCUACAAAGGAUAUCUACUAUUCAGCAAAGCACCUUAUAGGAGGAAGACUGAUCUCUCUUGUUUGGAUGUAAACAGAUGGUGAUCUGCUCGCUUCACAGACAUCCGCAAUGCUGCUGUUUUCCAGCAGAUGCUGUAAUUGUGAUAUCACCAAGUGAUUCAAUGCCAUGCCCUUUAGAUGCAACACAGCACAAUGUUAAAGUGAGCUUCACACAAGCAUGAUUAGUGACUUUCCAUUUUGAUAUCGGCAUGCACGAGACAUAUCUCACAUAAUGGAAAGGAUGUUCUUUUGGAUACCUGCCUCCAUCCCCCUCUUCUCAUCUGUUUUCACACCGAGUGCACUGGAUGAGUUAUUAAUUUGAAAUGCUAAUCAUUUAGAAGUAUAGAAAUUGAAUGUUAAAUCUUAAGGAAACAGUACAUAAAUGAGAUCACAGCAUGAUAAAAGUUACCUGCAUUAUGGUCUAUUGACGAAGGUACUUUUGUAUCCUGGUAUAUUUAAUGCAUGACAUGAGUAUUCAGCUUGUUGCAAUUCAGGCAUUCUGCAGUGCCCUAUUGUCAGGGAAGCUAAGGAAAUCAAAUUCUGGAUGUUUUCCGAAUUGCGAUCAAAUAUAUCCAAACCCACCUUGAGGAUGCAGAGUUUCUAAUUUAAAGGUAGUCAAAGAAACUAAAGUAUUAUCAAAAUGCAUAUAAUUAUAAUAAGCACCAACUACAGUAUUACUUCAAUAGUGCAGUGCAUGGACUUUCUUUGAACAAGAACAGUUAACAUAUCAUUAGUCAUGCUUCCAUCUCCACAUCAAAUUUGAGUACAUAUUGGUUAGGAAUCCACUGAAAAAAGGAUCAAUACCAAAUUUCACUUCAUAUUACAGAGAAUUAUUCUGACAUUAGUUGCUAGUGCCUUUAUCCCUUUCACCACCAGGACCAGUGAAAGUGCCUCUGUGUACAAUGGGAUUGUGAGGUUGAGCAGAGCUGGUUUACCGUCUGUUCGAGUGUUGAUGCACUGUUGGUUAUGAUGUAAAUGAUGCCAGAUGAGCAAGGUUGAAACAGCAGGUGAUUGUGGUCAAAAACAAAAGAUGAUCCAUGGCUGUUAUGCACAACCCAGUUUUCAUGCUGUCACGCACUUAAUUAUGCCCUUAAGCAGCAAUGUAUUGUACUCUGCAUGUUUACCAAUCCAAUUCAAAAGGGAAUAUCCAUAGGGUUUUUAACAUGUUUUAUUUAUGUCUGUUGUUGUUUUUGUUUUGUUUUUCGUGCACCAUGCAUCCUUUCAGGGUCUCUACCUCAGUGAGGUCAUUGCAAACUUGCUGCAGAGCUGCAAGCUUCAAUGCAGGGCUUCCUUUACCAUAAUGCAAAAUGGAACCUUAAGUGUAAACUGCAGUCAUGCAACAUUGAAUGUGAGAGUCCCAAAGCAUAGCCUUUCCACAAGCACUUAGGACAAAUAGUGUAUCACGAUCCCGCUCCUUUUUUUCACUUAACGCUACGCACAAUCAGAGCAUUCAUAUGUAGAGAGUAAGUAGAGAGUGCUUGACUCUCUUUACGGGAUGAGGUUGACUGUUUUAUAUGUUGCUUUCUUUGCAACAAUGGUAUCUGAAGUUACUGUUGUGUCACCUGAAUGUGUUUUUAAGACAGUUUGUUAUUGUUUUUGAAUGUCAUCCUGCAAUCCUUGGGCAUUAUUAUGCACAGUGAUGUUCAGCCCGCCUUUUUGCACAAUCACUUUUGUUUUCUAGCUCCAACCCUUUUUUUGGCAAGUUAUGUUUUUCACUGUGCUUGCUCGUGUUUCUUAUCAUAUUGUUCCAGACAGACUAACUGCAGAUAGAUUAGGACAAAUUAAAAUGAAUACUUGAAAAUCUCCAGCUACUGUACAUCAAUUUUCACUCGGUAUUGAGAUGAAUUUACCCAAAUAAUAGUAAGAUUUUAUAAUGUACUGUACCCUCUUUUUAUUUUUAUUAAGCACUCUCUUGACAGUGUCCUGUAAAGAAAAUCUCUGCUGCAAUGCUACUUGAAUGUCAUAUAUUUGUUUCUGUUAGUGCCAUGGCUAUUCUUUGUGGUGCUAGUACAGGACUACUGUACUUUUCCAUUCUUGUCCCUGUUUGUUUUUGUGUGCUGGUUGGUCAGCUUUUUGUUGAUUUUUUUUACUCUACUGCUGAAGAGUGUCUGCCUCAGGUUGAGGUAAAAAUUCAAGAGCCUUGCUAGAUGUCAAUAACUCAUCACGAGCGCAAAAUAAGAUACACAUUUGUGUCAGGGAUCUUCGAUUUGUGUAGGGUUUCUCAUACAGAAGGACAUUACUAAUCCCCAGUACCAUAUAUUAUAUUGUUAUGUAUAGUUACAAAGAAAUUAUCGUAGUCUCGUUAAUGCAGCUAUCAGGAAAUUGUUCACUUAGUUCACGAGUUUCUUGUACGACUGAUACUUGAAGGUAGUGAUGUGUGUAACAUGUCCUGCAGGAAACAGUUGAAAGUGAAGUAAAGCAAGAUAAGAGUAAACUCCUCACUUUAGCAGUGCUGUGAGGCAUGUAUGGAUGGUGCUAUGCAUUCAAAUACCCAACAGAAACAUGCAUUCUUAACAGCAAUAGAAUAACCUGUUUCUUAGAUGCUUUUUGUAACAAAAAAUAUAGGAGAACAAAUCUAUUUUGAAUGUCGGAGAAACUGCGAUCGUGUGACAGACAACUCACAACAGGGCUGUUUAUGUACCAACCUAUUAUCCUCUGUUCUGUGAUUUUGUAAGGUCAGAAUGUAGAAGCUGACAUUUUUGUGGGGGAUAUGCGUGAAAAGUCCAAAUAUAGGCUUUGUAACAGCGGCAGUCCCAAGUAACCACCGAGGUCGGACUGGAGUUGUUUUUCAGUCAGGAACAAAGGCUGCUGACGGGUUCAUUUGAACCCAUAACACAGUCCCAAAGGAAAAGCCCAUAAUGCACUUAGAGAGGAUCUAUCAUCAGUUCACUGGACUGAUCAGCUGUGUGAGAGAAUGUCAGAGAAGGUGCCUAAAUUGUUUUACAUAUUCAUUUGUCUAGCUUACCGUUAGAUGCUAGUGCUUCUGCAAACAAACACGAGUGAGAAGAUCUAAAAAGAAUGACGACAUUAACCAAAUCAAACUCUAAGAAAAAAAAACACGUCAUGAGAACAAAAUGCAAUUUAGCUACAAUAAGAUAGAGAAAAUUAACCACUAUAACCUGCAAAUACGUAUGAAAAACAACUUUACUGUGUGUUUUUAUUUUCCUCUUCUUUUCGGUGGCACUGUAAAGUGAUUUAGGAAGAACAUGCCAUAUCCUGGAAUAUCAAAGACAGUUUGUUCUCGGGCAAGCCAUGGUAAUGAAACUACUGUAUUAUGAUCAACUAAAUGAUGGACAAAAAGUGUACUAUUAUUUUUUUUAAAUCUUAUGGUUUGUCUUUUUGGUUUUGAGAAAAAAACAACAGGAUUCAUUCUAACACCAUGUUGACAUUUUUCCACCUACUGCUAUGAUGUAUCUCUACAGAAACCUACUAAUCGCAAAAAACUGCAUGGUCGAUGAAGGACUGCAUGAGUUUUGCCUUUCAAACUGUGGAUCAACUAUAAUACGGUUGCAUCAUUUAAAAAAAAGAGACCCUUGCUUUCAUCUGCACCAAGGCUUCUUGUAAGGCCCUGUUCAGGAGUUUGUUGUGAAACGCGUCCUCUGCGGGAUUCCUUAAAAAGCACCUUAGCGCUGACCUCAUCACUAAGAUGGCGUUUUGGUGUCCGAGCCGCGCUCCGCGUCUGUGUGUGAUUUUCAGGUUGGGCUCUGAAUGUGAGCAAGGACAUAAAGGGCUAGUUUCUCAAACUCUAUCUCUAUUCUAGGACUGAAACGCUCUUUCAAGUGACAUUUUGCCCGUUAUCUCAGUCUAGACUGUAGUGAUACUGUGUUGUUGGAAACGUGCCCAUCAUGUCUAAACAGGGCCUGUGCCACACACCCUCCUCUGUACUACAUUGGUUUUAAGGCCUUCUUUGUGCUGAAGGUGUCGGACUGCUUUCUGCCUGCUGAGGAGGCACUGAACAGGAUCAAAUGGUGGAUGUUGUGUGUUGAUGAGAAGACCUUGUUUGUGUUAGAAGUGUAAAGGCUAUGAGUUUGUCUUUCCUGUCAAGAAUGCACAUUUAAAUUGCUUGUAGGGACGUUUUUGGAGCGAAUCUCAAAAAGGACUGUUGUGCUCUUUUUUUCAUCCACAAGCAAACCAAACUCUGAUUGUGUUAUCUAAUCCAGCCGUCAUUGUCAUGUUGUGUUUUACCAAGGAUUAUGCUACAAUGUGUUCAGUUUGUCACAUGAUGACAAAGGCAUGGUCUGUGAUCUAUGCAAGGGUUAUUUGUUUUUCUUUUCUUAUAUCACUUAUGAUUUCAUCUUACAUUAACUUCAAUAAAUUUUUAAGGAUC